AUGAACCUCAGAUUGUUGGCCCUGUGCUUGGGUGCGGCCAGUGCGGCUGUGGAGGAGGGGAAGUGGGGCUGGAUCGAUGUGGAUACUGGCAACGUAGACGAAGUCCUGAAACAGGGCCCAAUCUUUGUGAAGUUCUUUGCUCCAUGGUGCUCGCACUGCAAGAACAUGGCCAAGGACUUCCACAAGGUAGCCCAGGAGGAGUUGCCGGAUGGCGUUCGCGUUGGCAGAGUGGACUCGACGAAAAACCCUGCCCUGAACAAGCGCUUUGGCAUUUCUGGUUAUCCGACACUCCUCAUGCUCAGCGACGAAGGCAGGGACAUGAGGAGUUACUCGGGGGACCGCUCUUUCAGCAGCCUCCUUGAGUUUGCCCAGGGUGGUUGGAGAACAGCUCCAGUGCAUGACCCAAGCAAGCCGCGACCAAAGCCGUCCUUUAGUGAGCAGCUGAAAAGCCUGCCCUGGACAGUCAAAGCUGUGGGUCUCCUUUUCAUAGUUGGAUUGCCCUUGUCGAUCUUUGCCGCCUGUUACGAUGUGUACGCGGAGAAGAAACGUCGUGAUGCCAGACGAGCUGAGCGCAAAGCUGAGGCUGGCAAGACAGACGUGAUGGGUGGCAUUCCGACACCUGUUUGCAUGCCCUUGGUCAAGAGCGAGGUCAUUCUGUCAAACACGGGAGCGCGGAAGGCUGCCAGGUCCAAGGUCCAGACGCCCGGCGGCCAGAAGCCAAAGGGUUUGGAAACCUCCGGGCUGCUUUCACAGAUCAGGGCGCAGUUGCGUGCUAACGUCUUCAAGGCAAUUGGAAGUUCUGGCGAUGUAAGCCAAAGCCAGGCAAAGAAGCUGGGUGAUGGAAGCCCCUUUACAUUGCUCUCAAUGGAGCUGGUGGCUGAGUUUUUCCAGUUUCAUGGCCUUCACCACUCCCUGUCGGUCUUCCAGUGUGAGGCACAGCUGACAACGUCCUGUACAGAAGCCUCAACAUCUCUUCGGAGGCGCAGUGAAUUGGUUGCUGAAAUGGAUUUAGAGCACUCGGAAGCUGAAAACUGCUCCGUGCUCGAGCAGCUUGUGGAAGCCCGAAGGGUGGAUUUGCCACAUCGCUCCGUCUCGGAACAACCAGAACAGAGGGAGGAGGUGAAAGUUCAGGUGCAAGCCCAGCACAAGGAUUUGGGACCCCCCAAGAAGCUCAGGUCUGAAACUUGGGCCACGCCAGCCUGCCAUAGCGGAGAAGGUGACCGGAGAACGUCGCUACACCGACGGCUCUCGGACCCGCUCGGCUCUGAGGCGCUGCAAAGCCUUUCUCAGCAGAUGGCUCCAGGCUCUUUGACAGCCCCAGUGGGCCUUGCAGCCUGGGGUCCAGGGAGAGGCCGUGACAUAGGCAUGCUGACCACUAGCCCAUUGGGACAGCGACAGCGACUGCCGCCCCUCAGCAGAGCCUGGGACAGCGACAUCGACUGUCCAAUUAAGAGUGUUGAGAGGUUGGCACCUUCCAGUCCAAAUUUGUCGCCUGCGAAUUCCUCCGUUGGCACAAUCAAGGAGGCCGGAGGGGAUGUCUGA